AUGAAACAAGUGACAAGACGUGUAUGGAAAAGGCGUGGUGAAAGUUAUUAUGUAUCAGCAAUCAAACAUCCUAUCAAAAUUCACGCUUGGGGCUGUUUCAGUAACAAAGGAUUUGGUAAAUUAUUUUUAUGUACACGAACAUUGAACUCAAAGCUGAUGCGCAAAAUUUACAAGUACGGACUGCUGCCAUCAACAAAAAAAUGGUUUGGUGAUAAUAAUACUAACUCGAGUUUAUUAGAAGAUAAUGAUCCAAAACAUACUUCAAAAAUGUGUAAAAGAUUUAAGGUCGACAAUGGUGUACAAUCAUUACCGUGGCCAUCACAAUCACCAGACUGUAAUCCGAUCGAGAAUGUUUGGGCAUUGAUGAAGCUUAAAAUCAACAAACAACCACCUACAUUAACGAAGAAUUUUAUGGCAAGAAUAAGAAAAGAAUGGAAAAAUUUACCUGUUGAUUUUGCUGCAAAAUUAGUCAACUCUAUGGAACAUAGAAUAGAAUUGUUAAUUGAAAGAAAUGGUGACUAUAUAAAUUAUUGA